UUAAAACGGUCAGCAGCAGUCUUCAUGUGUCUGUAUGCCACACAGAGCUUUCACAACUGGAGUGGUGGCUGGCAGGGAGAAAAAUGCAGAACUGCUGCUGUGUAUGAUACUACUGAGAUAAAGAGAGAAGAAAACAGGAUUGUCAGCCUUUUUAGUCUUGGAAAGGACUGGUGUUAAUUCCUUGAUUGGGUGAAUGUAAAGAAGGGAGAAGAGUAAGGAAAAAUAGUAUGUUGCAGUUUAACAUGCAGCAACAGUUUCCUUUCCUAAAACACAAAAGUAGGGGGAGGGAAGCACCAAAUGUCCUCCUGCAGCCCGACAAGGGGAAGGAUAACGAAGGCACGCGUGUAGACAAGCAGAGUGGCUUUUCCGCUACGGCUCCAUUGAACUCCCAGCCCCUACUGCUCCUGGGACCUGAGGGGAAUUACAACUAUUAUGUGGACGAUGAAGAUGAGGAAGAGGAAGAGAAAGAACAAGGAAAAUGGCUAAGCGGAGACACAUUUGAGGGAGAAAACAAGCCCUCGUUAUCCAUUCCUUGCUCCCCUGCCCUUUCCUCCAGAGCCCGGGCCACGACUUCCACUUCGUCCGUGUUGAACAUCAACGUCGGCGGCCAAAGCUACCGCCUCACCUACCAGGCAGUGGCCAUCUAUCCCAAGACCCGCCUGGGCCGCCUGGCUACCUCCACUGACCGUCGCUGCCAGCUGGGCCUGUGCGAUGACUACGCUGCCCAGGUAGAUGAGUAUUUCUUUGACCGGGACCCGGCCGUCUUCCAGCUGGUGUACAACUUCUACGCCUCAGGGGUGCUGCGUGUGCGGGACGAGCUGUGCCCCCGUAGCUUCCUGGAGGAGCUGAGCUACUGGGGCGUGCGGCUCAAAUACACACCUCGCUGUUGCCGCAUCUGCUUCGAGGAGCGCCGUGACGAGCUGAGCGAGCAGCUGAAGGUCCAGCGCGAGCUGCGCUCCCAGGCAGAGGCUCAGGAGAAUGAGCAGCUCUUCCACCACAUGCGCUACUAUGGUCCCCAGCGCUGGCGCCUAUGGAACCUCAUGGAGAAGCCCUUCUCCUCUGUCACCGCCAAGGUGAUGGCAGUGGCCUCCAGCUUUUUUGUGCUCAUCUCCGUGGUGGCCCUGGCCCUCAACACAGUGGAGGAGAUGCAGCAGGUAGACCGGAAGAGCGGGGAGAGCCGGCCCGUCUUGGAGCACAUCGAGACCCUGUGCAUUGCAUUCUUCACACUGGAGUACCUGCUGCGCUUGGUGUCUACCCCAGACCUGCGCCGCUUUGCCAGCAGCGCACUCAAUGCGGUAGACCUCAUUGCCAUCCUGCCCCUCUAUCUGCAGCUGCUGCUCGAAUGCUUUGCUGAUGAUGACCAGCCCCGAGGUCGGGGCUCUCAGCACGAGCACGAUAUCGAGAAGGUGGGACGGGUGGGCAAGGUAGGACAAGUGCUUCGCAUCAUGCGCCUCAUGCGCAUCUUCCGCAUCCUCAAGCUGGCCCGCCACUCCACAGGACUGCGUGCCUUCGGCUUUACCUUGCGCCAGUGCUACCAACAGGUGGGCUGCCUUUUGCUCUUCAUUGCCAUGGGCAUCUUCGCCUUCUCCGCCAUGGUCUACACAGUGGAGCACGAUGUCUCCAGUACCAACUUCACCAGCAUCCCCCAUGCUUGGUGGUGGGCUGCCGUCAGCAUCUCUACAGUGGGAUACGGAGACAUGUGUCCAGAAACACACCUUGGCCGCCUCUUUGCUUUCCUCUGCAUUGCGUUUGGAAUAAUCCUGAAUGGCAUGCCCAUCUCCAUUCUCUACAACAAAUUCUCAGACUAUUACAGCAAGCUGAAAGCCUACGAGUACACGGCUCUCAAGAAAGAAAGGGGGAAGGUAGACUUCACACGGAGAGCCAUGAAGAAAAUAUCUGAAUGCUGUGGAGAAGGUGCAACCCACCCUUUGCCACAGCACUGAUACAGUUUGUGCUUUGGAUAUUAGGAGGGAACAGAGAAGACAAAGGAGAAAAAAGAAAGACAGAUCAGCCAAGCUAACUGAAGAUAAACAGAAAAGGCCAAAAGUAACAAAAGUAGAUCUUGAAAUCUGUUUUGAAGGGGGUUGUUUUCAAAAGAAAAAAGGCUCAGAUUACAACAACAGGGUUUUUUUUGUUUUGUUUUGUUUUGUUUUGGGUGGGGUUUUGGGUUGGUUUUUUUGUUUGUUUUGCUAGGCUGUGAACAGCACUUAAGUGCUCAUCAACUAUCUGGAAUGAGUUUCUUCAGAUUAACCAUCCAGAAACUCUGAAUUAGACCCACAGGAAGAUGUAACACCCUGCUACUGAUUAGACCCACAAUAAAGACCCACCAUAAUCAAACCAAAGGAAAACAAAUUGCUACCAUUAAAGGUCAGCCACCUCACUGCUGUCAAGGCAGUCUCAAAAAUUAAACAAAUAGAAUACCCAAUAUACUGACUGCAUUGCUGAAAUUGGUUUUGCACCAGCUUUCAAAACCAGGAAAACAGCCUACAGCCAUUGCCUGGAUAUUAGCAGCAUCUAUACUCCUUAAGCUUUCAGCUUUUGUUUCCACUGUCAGAUAGAUAUGCUUCACUGUUCCAAUUUUAUUUUUCAAAUGCAGCCCUGCAAAUGAUUCCUGUUUUCAUACCUAGGCAAGUAACACACUGCUUUUCAUAUUUCACCACCACCACCUCCAUAUUCAUCUUUCAUUAUGCCAAGAACUAGUGAAGAAAUCUGGAGUCUGAGUUGGUUUUGAAGACAUUUCCAAACCAAAACCUUAUUUAGGUACAGGAUUAAGAGAUAAACUAAAUUUAUUUUACAGCAUUUAAUGUAUCUACUUACUGAAUUGUUACAGUAAUAAUAGGCCUGUCAUGGGACACAAGUGUUAAAGCAGCGUUUAAAAAAAUAAUCAAAUGAAACAUGUAAUGGAUAAUACCUCAUAAAGACUUUUCAUACAAAGGGUCUUAUCAGCACUUACCUGUAACAAAUUUUAAAUAUAAUUUAAAGUCAAGAUACUUUGUCUGGUAUAUAGAACCAUUAAGGACACAAUUCUGACACCUUAGCUCACCCCCAGUAGUACCUUACUUCCUAAGAUUAAUGAGCCUUUUUGCACAGCUGGAUGCAAUUUCUCAUGCAUCAGAAACUCACCCCAAAACCUACACAGCGAAUAACAAUAACAACAAUUAAAUGGAAUCAGUUUCAUGUAUUAGUUCACAGCAUAUCAGGAGUAUUCUUUUUACAUAAGAGCAAUCAUACCAGUUUAGAAAUAGUAACCUGAAUAACAGAUCUGAAACAAUAGUUAUUUUAUUGAUACUCAGAUACCAAUAGUGUAAAAAAAAAAGGUGACAAAAGAAGCAACAGUAAUAGUUACUGAUAAGACCCAUGGCUGUUACUCAGCAGCACUCUUGCUGCAAAACGGCCUGAUGGCAGAGAUGCAUUUUAAAAUUCUUGAACUCUCACAUUAUGUCUGUGCUGCCCUGCUGAAUGCAAAUGGCUGCGUUCAAGCCUCAGAGCCGCACUGGAGACAAUGGUGUGAAGCUCACUCUUGGGACCACUGAGGGUGAAAAAGUUCAUUAAUUUUGCCACGUCCAUGCAAAUUGUGUCAAGCAUAGGGACAUUUCUCCUUUCAAUGGUGAGAAGGUAAUUAGUAACCAAGUUACUCUUCUCAUUCUCUACCUCCAGACAAACGUAUCAUAAGCCCAUCUGUCAUUUUGUUCUUUAGGAAUGACAGUCAGCACAUUGUGUGCUGAUCAGCUCUGUUAAAAGCUAAACCAUGUCUUUAAGGCACAGCUGAGCCCUCGGAGUUGAAUGUGAUAGAUGUUUGCUGUUCUGGGCAGCACACAAUGCAGCAGGCACAAUCCUGGCACUCACUGAGAAGAAUAGCUGCUUUACUCUGACUCCAGGGAUGGUAUGAACUUGCACGGCCCUUCUGCAUAGCAACAACAGGACAAGUAGCUUCCUGAAACCACAGGAAGCCUCUUUAAGACCUCCACUGCAGUUCAGUGAGGUGGCAGGUUACAAACAUGCAAAACCACAACUGUGCUUUAUUUUCAACGUGGAGCUUGGGUUAGAUCCAUUAAAAGGACUUAAAUGUUGGGGAUUACCCAACUUUCCAAGAUAUGGGACACACUAAAUUAAUUUCCUUGUCUGAAGGAAUCACUACUUGCAUGUACCAUGCAGAUGGGAUGCAGAUGGUCAGCCUUGCAUGGUAAGCUUAGCAGCUUCUUGCCACCUAGAGAAAUCAAGAGCAUGAGCACUCUGCUGAGGCUGGACUUCCUCAUAGCCUCAGACUUGACACAAAUCACCAGCCUCAUUUUCCACCCCACUUGCCUGACCUGCAGGACCCAUUCAAGUAAAUGUUCUUCAAGACAUGUAAGGGAAUAGGCUUUCCAUGUAAAACAUGGGCAGGAGAAAAGAGACUUCUUUUUUAAUCAGGAGUCAGAAUUUAAUGUCCUCAGCUGGUGCUUUCUUAUCUGCCCAACAAGAUUUUAAUGCACAAGUCCCAUAGUACUGCUCUAACCAUUCAAAUAUAGCUUGGCGUGGGUCUUUCCCACCCCUCCAGCUGAAGCUGUUGCACUUUGCACCGAGUAAAUAAUGACCCACCAGGUGACAGUAAAAGAAAGACUGUACCGCUUGGUGUUUGCAACGCUUGGCUGGGUGGAAAGGUGUGGGUCACAGGCCCUGCUUCAAUAAAGAGCUAUGAAAUACCCUGCCCAAGCAGCAAAACCUUCCCACUCACUCACUUACUCUCCUCUGAUCCAAGCAAUCUUUGGCUGAAGGAUUUAGUCUGGAAGGACUCCAGAGUCAGUCCCUGCAUGCUCCAACCACAUGAAGCCAAACUCAUACUUAGAGUACACUACAGGCUAAUGGCCAUGGGCUAAAACACUUCCCAACAAGGAGACUGAUUUCUGUCCUGCCAGGAGAGGACAUCGUAACCAGUACCACCACAUCCCACCCGGGUGCUCUGAAUACCUUGGGGCAACUCAGCUUACCUAGCAGCCGCCUCACUCUCUUCUUUCUCAAUGCACUUUGCUCCCUCAUCCCUCCACCAUCCAGGCCCACCAUCUCACUGAUGGCAGCUUUGGUACCUUUUUGAUUCCUCUAUGCACUGACUCAACAUGCAAAUGUGGCAGUUUGGGGGAGCAGGGUUAGAUUCUUGAUUAAUUCAUGACCUAGCUCAAUUUAGAGAGCUCUGAGUAAUGGUAGAGCUGACACAAGAUACAUGGUAGAAGUGUGCAGUGUGGAGGACAGACCUCUGGCAACUGCCACACAAAAUAUUAAGCACAAGACUACACAAAGCUGCUAGCUUGGGGUUUUGUAAUACCUCCCCUACUGCAUUCAGCAGGUGAAUGGGUCCUUAGUGGAAUAAGGCAUUUUCCAGCAAAACUAGAAGUUAGUGUUUGUUUCUUUCUUUCUUUCUUUCAGUCACUCAUAAUUUUCUUCUCUGGAUUACCUUCUGCAGCUUUCUGUCUUUUGGCUUAACUAAUCUUGUUUUAGAGGUGACAAGCAUAAGUCCGUGCAUUUUAAUAUGCCUAAUGUUGAGGUACCACUAUAGCAGCCAGACAUUGCCCCAAAUGCCCAAAGCUCUGUCAGUACCAGCAUUUUCUGUGGAUGGCUACUAGCAAGGUCCUCCCACGAGAUCCUCUCCCCCUGUGAGAGCCUGUCUGAGGCUCAUAUCAUACAAAGAGGACUUCCAGCCAGCUCAGAGGAAGGGAGGAGUCCAUAUUCCAAUAGAACAAACUUCUGACAACCUGCAGAAGGCUGUGCAAACCUGUAUUAGCUGGUUUUUAAAUAGGAUGCAGCAUUUUUGCCAUUUUUUGGUUGACACAGUAGUUCCUUCUGAGGACUCUCAGUUAACUUAUUCUGCCACUUCGACUAGGACUUUCAGUGGCAUCAUCACUGUCCCUAGAUUACUCAAAUGAAACAGUCAAAUGGUACCCAUAAUGACAUCCAAAAAUUAUGCAGGAGAGCCAUGAUCGUCUUGCUUACUUGAAUGCCAUAGGGCUUUGACAAUCAAAAUAUUUCAAAAUAACCACAUCAAGGAAAAAUAUGCUUAAACACAACAAAGAUGGGCAAUACUAUUAAAGCUAAAGUAGGUAGGGCUUGUUUUAAGAGAUGUUAAUUUGGCAUAGCUAAGGUUUUGGGGAAACAAGGUGGAGGAUUCUCAAACCACUGAGAAAUUAGAAACCUCUCUGAAUGUGUCUGUGCUAAAAUCUUCUAUUUUAACUAAUUGCAGAUAUUAAUUAGCCCCAGAGGGAGAAGGAAAAUAUGUUCUAUCACUAUGUUUCACUACAGACUUAGCAAACGUUGUCUCUGGUAGACAAAGAAACAGUCAGUUUAUCUGGAUGGCCUGACUUCAUUUUAGGACAAUUAAAUGUUGUUUCUUCUAUUCAUUUUAGGCCUGGGAACUAUUGAAAAAAAGGGGGG